UCUACACUCUCUUUUAUUCGAGUAAUUAGUCUUGAAAUUUCCCUUUGAACAUGGGUUUCACAUAUGCACAUGGACUGGUCCUAGUUAUGGCAGCAGCUGCUUCCAUGUUGGAAGUGAGCGUGGCCAAUAAGGACUGGGUCUCUAAGUCUAACUACACUGGCUGGGGUUGGGGUUGGGGCUGGAGCUCCAAUAACAAUCCCCUGAAUGAAACCGAAGGACCCAACAAGAUCAUUGUUGGUGGAUCAGAAAAUUGGCGCUUUGGCUUCAACUACUCCGAAUGGGCAUUCCAAAAUGCACCCUUUUACUUUAACGAUACUCUAGUGUUCAAGUAUGAUCCACCAAGCAACAACACAUUUCCUCACAGCGUUUACUUAUUCCCUGACCUAUGGAGCUACUGGAAUUGUGACUUGAAGAGAGCAAAGAUGAUUGCAAAUGCAACCCAAGGAGGAGGGGAUGGGUUCGAGCUUGCGCUUAAUAGGUGGAGAACCUAUUACUUUGCUUGUGGUGAACGUAAUGGCUUCCAUUGUAAGGUGGGCGGCAUGAGGUUCAUGGUGAUGCCACUAUUUCGUUGGCACUACUAAAAUCCAUGCAUGGAGCUGAUCGUAAAGAAUAUCGAUAUCCAAUAUUAAGUGUGUUGUUUUACCUUUUUUACAAAAUUAAUGUAAUAACGAAUAAUUGUAAUUGUGGUGUUUAAUCUGUUUGAAUAGCUAGUUUUUUUUUUUUUUUAAUGAUUACAAAAUUGAGAUAAAUAAAGAUGAACGUAGUGCAUGUCUUCGUAAGACAAUAUGAUCAAUAAAAUUUUGG